AUGCCGUUCCAAGCCAAGGAAGCCUUCUGUCCAAUCGUUCAGUCUGUGAUGAUGAACCUUCUGAACAUUGCUGCAUUUGAUGGGCGCUUCUGCCUGGCGGCUUUUCUCAUCGAACCUUUCAACCUUCAGUCUAGGUCUAGUUCUUCACUGUCCCUCGGCAACUCCUGCAUCUUGAAACUUGUUCGACCUGCUCAAGUCGUUUUCCAAUACCGCGAUAUGAUGGAUGUAAAUAUUAAUGAUGGAGCAAAUGCUUCCGGCAGCACCACCGAGCCGAUCCCAUCAACCGAAUUUGCGCGGAUGUUGGAGGAGCAUGGAGGCUGUCUCGCCUCACCUGAAGCACCUUCUGGCACCACCAACCCGUUCAGCUCAAGCGAGCUCAUCCGACGCCAAAAUGAGCAAAAUGAAGAUGAUGCUACUGCGGCUUCACAAAGGGAGGCUGAUGAGGUUGAGGCGGCCGAGGCGCCACCGAAUGUCCGCAUCAUUUUGGGCGCCUCGCCGAGCCAACCUGUGACAGUUCAGCUUCAUCCACUGGGCGACAUUAAAGCCGGCGCUGAAGCCACGUCUCGGUACCGCCGGGCCGUGCUCGACGUUGCUGCAAACGCCAGUGGCACCGCGCUGCCCGGUGCAUUGGCCUAUCAAAAAUUGUUCGUCACGCAGUCCAAGGAGAACAUUGGGUUUACGAUCCAAGCCACGGCCUAUGUGCCCCCAACCCAGGCUCGCCAGCGCAUUCCACCGAAGGAUGUAGCGCAGCUGCUUCACUGCACACUUGUUUUUGACCCCGCUGCCGAUCGCAUAGUCCUGAGGAACCUGGAUGACAAGUCGGUCACACUCAAGACGCUUGCUAGAGAAAAGAUGCCAGCAGAGUUAGGGCUGGAGGGGAAGGGUCUUUCUACUCCUCGGUCUGUACAGUCCGUCGAAAUCGAACCAGAUGACUUUGAGCUUUUAGAGGCUGGACCUUGGGCGAUUCAUGCAGCUUCUGGGCAAGAAGUCCUGGAAUUUUCCAUCCUGGCUCGCAGCGGCAUCUCAAUCAUACCGAACCCAACUGUGCCGAGCAACGCGAAGACAACGUUGCAAGGGACUAAGAGACAGCUCGCCUCCUCACAGGCUGGGGACCCAGGCCCAUCCAAGAAAGGCAAGCUCAGGGAGCCUGACAAAGAGGAUAAGGCAACCAUUGUUUUUCAGCCAGUACCCGUCCAAGCUGUACGUCAACUCGAUCAUCCCUCGGCAUCAGCGAGAGCACCGGCUUCAGUUCCAGCUGCGAGUGCUGCGGGACGGGAACUGCUGCCUUUUCGCGGCCAUCCAAUGCAGUACCUCCACGCAGGAGACAAAGCUAGAAUUAUCGGCCCCAGUGGUGAGGAUUACACGGUCACCUACGACAAGCAGCUCGCGAUGAGAGAGAACUGUCACGUCUUCACCGCCCAGCACUCUUCUUCUCCAGAAGACAACGGAGCAGCAGUCGUCAAGGUUAUCCGCUUGCCCUCUGGCCCAGUUAAACAGGGCGAAUCGGGCAAGGAAGCUCAAAAGAUCUAUAGUUUGGGUAAAGUAUGGGUGCAGGAGGUUAGAAACCAUUUAAGGCUGUCCGAACACCCAUCGAUAGUGCGUCUGUUCGACGCCGGCUCCAGAUUGUUUGCACUUUACAUGGAGCAUGUGAAGGCACUGAGUCUGCUUCACUACAGGAAGCCGACGGUGGCAGGCCCGUACUGCACCCUGUCUUCGGCCAACGUAGCCCAGGUCUUGUGUGAUACGUCCUCUGCGCUCUCCUAUAUCCACAGCCACAGGAUCGUGCACAACGACAUCAAGCCAGAUAACAUUCUUUACUCUCCGGACCGCGGCGCUGUUGUCAUCGACUUUGGCCUCUCGAGGGAGAUCCCAGACAGCACUUCCCAUACCUAUCACACGGGAGGGACUUCUUGGUAUCUACCACUGAUGCUUUUCCUCACUGGCAAAAUCCCUCUGCCGGAACUAUGCAAGGCCCAUCCAGUAUGGUUUAUCAACGAGGCGCUGCAUCUUGGAUCAGGCGCCAGGCUGGCCAUGCAAAAGUGGCUUUCUUUUGUUGAAGAUACUUCGGCGACACUGGAUUCCACAGACUUAUUGGAGGAUAUAGUCACCCAAAUGGUGCAGGCGGUUCCCGCGAACCGGAUAAUGACGGAUGAGUUGGCUGUGAAGGUUGCGGGUUUACAGCCACAAUGA